AUGCUGUCUCUGGACAAACUGAAUGAUGCAGUUCAACGGAAAAGGCCAGAAUUAAUCAACAGAAAAGGUAUAGUGUUCCUCGAAGAUAAUGCAAGACCUCAUACAAGUUUGAUCUCUCGCCAAAAGCUUUUACAGCUUGAAUGGGAUACAAUGUCACAUCCACCAUAUUCUCCAGAUCUGGCAUCUUCGGAUUAUUAUUUGUUUCGGGCACUGCAAAAUUUUUUAGACAGUGAAACCUUCACUUCAAACGAGUUGGUACUACAAUUAUUAUCCCUUCAGCUGAGCAGAACCGAAGAAUUGACGAUUUUUUGUUACGUCGUUUCAUCACUUUCUGUAAUAUAUGUUUACUUUUAUCUUGGACAAAAAUUAAUGGAUCACAAUGACAAUGUAUUCAUAGAACUCUGUCAAAUACCAUUUUAUUCGUUGUCAUUGAAAUCACAAAAAAUGUUACUCUUUUUGAUAAUGAAGAGCAUGAAGUCGUGCAAUCUAUCAUGGAAGGUUAAUACGGACGUCAUUUUCUUUGGCCAUGGUAUUCAACAAUCUUCAAUAAAUUUAUUCGAGGAUUAUGAUAGACGUUUAUACAGUGUCAUAGAAAUUAAUUAUUAA